AUGCAGUGGCUCUACUUGUUGUCAUUGAUUGUUUUGGUGACCGCAAAUCACGAAGAUCUGUGGCACCAGUGGAAACGAAUCCACGGGAAGGAAUACAAUGGGGUGAAUGAGGCGACACGUCGCUUGCAGUGGGAGAAGACAGUCGACGAGAUCGGGCAGCACAAUUUACGUCACGAUUUGGGCCUCGAAACGUACACGAUGGGUUUGAAUCAGUUUGCUGAUUUGAGCUGGGACGAAUUUCGAGCGCAAUAUCUGCAUGAAUUCGUUGUUCCAUCUGACACGGAUCUUGAGCAUGGAAUACCAUUCAAGACUAGUUCCAAUUUACCCGUGCCAGAUAGUCUAGAUUGGCGUGAAAAGGGAAUAAUUUCGCUGGUGAAGAACCAGGGUUAUUGCGGUUCGUGUUGGGCGUUCGCUAGUACCGGUGCGAUUGAGGCUCAGUAUAAGAAAACAUUCGGAGAGGAUCAAUUGUUUUCCGAACAACAGCUUGUUGAUUGUAGCAGAGGAUACGGGAAUUUCGGAUGCGCUGGUGGGCUGAUGGAGAACGCUUACAUGUACAUCGCUAAAUCUGGUCUGGAAGCGGAAAAUGUAUAUCCGUAUCGUGGCUGGGAACAACCGUGUUUGCACAAUCAGAACAAUAGCCUGGUCAAAACGGUAGCUUACGCCUAUGUUCACGAUAACGACGAGUCUCGUCUAAAGACAAUGCUCUUUGAAAAGGGCCCCGCUGCUGUGGCGAUUUUCGUUGAACGCGGAUUCCGACUGUACAAAUCCGGUGUCUAUACAACGAAUGCGUGUCCGAAAAAACGUGUCAAUCACGGUGUAUUGGCCGUCGGCUACGGCAGAGAGGGAGAAGCGGACUAUUGGAUUGUGAAAAACAGUUGGGGUCCUGAGUGGGGUGACAAAGGUUACAUUCGUAUGGCUCGAAACCGUGACAACAUGUGCAGUAUCGCCACUCUGGCCAGUGUACCGAUAGUGGAAAAAAUGUGA